CGAUCGGCUAGUCAAGCCUGAGCUAAUUUUCCCAUCGUGCCCCGCGAUUGUUGCUCUGUCACGGUGCGAGAGCCGGUGAGUGUGUGCGAGGAAGGCGAGCGAAGCCAUGAAGCAGGAAGGCGGCUCUCGGCGCCGCGCCGGGUCGGAGAAGGCCAAGCCCCCGCCCGCGGAACCGCCUCAGCCUCCCCCGCCGUCCGCCGACGUUGAGAUGCCCGAAGAGGCGGCCCCGGCCGAGCCCGUGUCGGCCGAGAAGUCGCAGCGGGAGCUGGACGCCGUCACGCUCGAAGAUAUCAAAGAACACGUGAAGCAGCUGGAGAAAGCUGUAUCUGGGAAGGAACCGCGCUAUGUCCUUCGUGCCCUGAGAGCCUUGCCAUCAACGUCCCGUCGCCUCAACCCUAAUGUGCUCCAGAAAGCCAUCAAUGGCUUUUUCACUUCUAAUAGUGCUGUGCGGGACUUCCUCAUCAACUUCUUGGAGGAGCCCAUGGACACAGAGGCUGAUCUGCAAUUUCGACCCCGCACAGGAAAGGCAGCUUCCACUCCUCUCCUGCCAGAAGUAGAAGCGUAUCUCCAGCUACUCCUGGUCAUAUAUCUGAUGAACAGCAAACGUUAUGAAGAGGCCCAGAAAGUCUCAGAUGAUCUGAUGCAAAAGACAAGUCCUCAAAACCGUCGAGCCCUCGAUCUAGUGGUAGCCAAGUGUUACUACUACCACGCUCGCAUCUAUGAGUUCUUGAACAAGCUGGACGUAGUUAGGAGUUUCCUUCAUGCUCGCUUAAGGACGGCAACGCUGCGCCACGAUGCAGACGGCCAGGCUACCCUCCUGAAUCUGCUGCUGAGGAAUUACCUUCACUAUGACCUCUAUGACCAGGCAGAAAAGCUGGUCUCCAAAUCAGUGUUUCCUGAGCAGGCAAACAACAAUGAGUGGGCCAGGUACCUCUACUACACAGGCCGCAUCAAGGCCAUACAGCUGGAGUAUUCUGAAGCUCGGAGGACCAUGACAAAUGCUCUGCGAAAAGCACCACAGCACACAGCUGUUGGCUUCAAACAGACGGUCCACAAGCUACUGAUUGUGGUGGAGCUGCUACUAGGUGAGAUUCCGGAUAGGCUGCAGUUUCGGCAGCCAUCUCUGAAGAGAUCCCUUAUGCCCUAUUUUCUCUUAACACAGGCUGUUCGGACAGGGAACCUGGCCAAGUUCAACCAGGUGCUUGAUCAGUUUGGCGAUAAGUUCCAAGCAGAUGGAACCUAUACCCUCAUAAUCCGCUUGAGACACAAUGUGAUUAAGACAGGUGUUCGCAUGAUCAGCCUUUCGUACUCACGGAUCUCCUUGGCUGACAUAGCCCAGAAGUUGCAGCUGGACAGCCCAGAAGAUGCUGAAUUCAUUGUUGCCAAGGCCAUCCGGGAUGGUGUGAUUGAGGCUAGCAUUAACCAUGAGAAAGGUUACAUCCAGUCUAAGGAGAUGACUGACAUCUACUCCACACGGGAACCCCAAUUGGCCUUCCACCAACGUAUCUCCUUCUGCCUCGACAUUCACAACAUGUCUGUCAAGGCUAUGAGGUUCCCUCCAAAGUCUUACAACAAGGAUCUAGAGUCUGCAGAGGAGCGGCGGGAGCGUGAACAGCAGGACCUAGAAUUCGCCAAGGAAAUGGCAGAGGAUGAUGAUGACGGUUUCCCUUGAUGCUCUUGGGAUGGCUGCAUUAAUUUCAUUUUUUUGUUUCUUGCCCAAUACAGACCAUUGUCUACUGGUUGAAAUCCAGAACUUGCCUUUAUUUCUGUAUCCUGCAUGUUGAGGGUGGUACAGAAAAAAAAUGUUCCUGGCUGGGGAAAAGAAUAGCGCAUCCCCAGAUUAAAGGGGCAGUCUUCUCUCUAAACUGAAGGCCAUUUUGUGGUUUUCAGACAAAGGGGGUUCCCAUAAUGGGCUAAACGCAUCCCCUGUUGUCCGUUCUGGUUUUAGUCAAACAGAGGAUUGAUUGCGGGGGGUGGGGUGGGGAGUGGCCGAUCUGAUGGCACGCCUUCGGUUUCAGCUCAUGAAGUAAUUUCAGUUGGAAACUUUUGUCAAACUUUGUUUAGGGCUUUUAAAUAAAAGUUUGGGGGAAAUGGA